GCCGCGCGCCGGGCAGCGCGGUCCUCGGCGCCGGCCCCACCCCGCGCUCCGGGCCGCCAGGAGCCGAUGGCCGAGGCGGGCAGGAGCCCCGCGGAGCCCCCGGGAGAGCCGGCCGGGCAGGCGGCGGCCGAGGUCCCCAAGCCCGAGGCGCCCGCCCGGCCGGCAGCGCCUGCCCUGCGCCGGCUGCCCGGGGACCCGAGUCCCCGCGGCCGCUCUCAGAGCGACCUGUCGUCGUGCUCGAGUCGGGGCCGCCCGCUCCGGGUCCACAUCUCCGGCUCAGUUGACGGACUGGACAAAGCUUCUAUAGCAAACUCAGAUGGCCCAACAGCAGGCUCCCAAACACCUCCCUUCAAGAGAAAGGGGAAACUCUCCACCAUUGGUAAAAUCUUUAAGCCUUGGAAAUGGAGGAAAAAGAAGACCAGUGACAAAUUUAGAGAAACAUCAGCAGUAUUAGAAAGGAAGAUUUCUACAAGACAAAGUAGAGAGGAGCUGAUAAGAAGGGGAGUUCUUAAGGAAUUGCCUGAUCAAGAUGGAGAUGUAACAGUUAACUUUGAAAAUUCAAACGGGCACAUGAUACCCAUCGGAGAGGAAUCUACCCGAGAGGAAAAUGUAGUAAAAUCUGAAGAAGGUAAUGGCUCUGUAGCUGAAAAAGCACCACCUCUGGAGGAAAAGGCAGAAGAUAAGAAAGCUGGUUCCUCUCAUUCAAGAAAAACAACUGGCUCCAAAGCAACAGCUUCACCAUCUACUUCCUCCACCUCAUCUCGUCCUAAAGCUUCAAAGGAGACAGUUUCUAGCAAAACAGGGAUGGUAGGAAUCACAAAGGGCAAGAAAAAAACUGGCAAGCAGCCAACGUCUCGACCGUCCUCAGAUGCAACCACUUCUGGCAUAUCUGACCUUAAAGGAGAGCCUUCGGAGACCAGGGUGGCGAGUCUCAAACCCGAGCAGACUACCCCCGGCACCGAGGAGCAGACCGCAGGCAAACCCAAGUCUGCAGUCCCUCCGCCCGCUGUGGCUCCAGCACCUCCUCCCCCCACCUCUCCUUCCCCUCUGGAGGAGCAGAGCAUUGUUGCCUCAGACGCUCCUGUCGUCCUGGUCAGCAACGGAGCCGACCUGCCUGUCCCUGCCUUAGACCCAAGUCAGCUUCUCUGGACUGAAGAGGCGACAGACAGCACCACUGGCCACUCAGGCACUGGCUCAAGUGUUAGCAGAGAAAAUGCAAAAUGUUUCACAACCAAAGACGAGCUGGGGGAGGCAGCGCCUCAGCUCCUGACUCCUGGGCUGAUGGGAGAAUCUUCAGAAUCCUUCAGUGCCUCAGAGGAUGAAGGCCAAAGGGAAUACCAGGCCAAUGACUCUGACUCUGAUGGGCCUAUCUUGUACACCGAUGACGAUGACGAUGAAGAGGAUGAGGACGAGGAUGGCAGUGGAGAAAGUGCUUUGGCAAGUAAAAUACGACGAAGAGAUACUCUUGCUAUCAAACUUGGCAACAGACCGUCUAAGAAGGAAUUAGAGGACAAAAACAUCUUGCAGCGUACCUCUGAAGAAGAGAGGCAGGAAAUCCGACAGCAAAUUGGAACCGAGCUCGUCAGGAGACUUAGCCAGAGGCCCACAACUGAAGAAUUAGAGCAAAGAAAUAUCCUGAAGCAAAAGAAUGAAGAAGAAGAGCAAGAAGCAAAAAUGGAACUUAAACGCAGACUCAGCAGAAAGCUCAGCCUGAGACCCACAGUGGCAGAGCUGCAAGCUCGAAGGAUCCUGCGGUUUAAUGAGUAUGUAGAAGUCACCGAUUCACCUGACUAUGAUCGCCGGGCAGACAAGCCCUGGGCCAGGUUAACACCUGCAGACAAGGCAGCAAUAAGGAAAGAGCUAAAUGAAUUUAAAAGUACAGAAAUGGAAGUUCAUGAAGAGAGUCGACAGUUUACCAGGUUUCAUCGUCCAUAAUGAAGUGCGGGACUCUUUGGAAACAGACUGAUCAUCUUUGGGGGAAUCCUCGCUUCCUGAAAACCUGAUAUUGCACUGGGAUUUGAAUGUGUGUGUUUCCGUUUAACUUGGGGUGAAGGAAGCGUGUGGGACGUGCUCCCCACCUAUACAGCCCGGAUAGGCCAACAAGCAAAGGGAAGGGUGCAGCGACUCUGCUGUCCAGCAUGUGGAUUGAUGGUAAGGGAUACCAUGGUUAUGCCACUUAUUCUUCAUCAGGAGUUUUAAUCAAAGAAGAUGAGCAGAAGACAAUCGCUGGUUCCCUGUUGCCAGAAAAGCCACAUGUAAGAGUGCGAGUUAAAGAAGAAUGGGGAAUGAAAUUUCUGAGCACUGGAGAGGGGUGGGGGGUUGAAAAUCAGAAAGCAAGAGAAGUACUUCAUUAUGUUAAUGAAAAGAAGAAAUGGAAGCUUAAAGGUAUUUUCAAAGUAGGCUUUUGGUAGUUGAGAACUUAUUAAGGGAUUUGGGAGUUUAAUCACCCAAGGUGGAUUUCCUAAAGACCUGACCCUAGAAGAAUAUUCUUGUUUCAUCAUUAUAUUGGUACAGUAUCGUACCAUUAUUUUUUGUUGUGCCAGUGAAUUCAGUUGCCAGAAAUAAGUCUGAGUGUUUUCAUGUAUCUUUUUCUUAAAUGUGAGAGGCUUUUACUGACUCUUAAUAAGCAUGCUUACCCAAAUUUUGUUGCAUGCUUUAAGUA